UUUACCCACACCGCCACCACCUGACAGGCCCAGGGCCGCCCUCUUGCCGCCGCCCCGCCCGGCCCCGGCCCCGGCCAUGCGGCUGCCGCCCGCCGCGGCCCGCCUGCUGCCGGCACCGCUACCGGCCGGGGCCGGCCUGUGGCCGCGGCGCGGGGCCGCCCGGCCACCGGAGCAGGUGGGAAAUAAAAUAAAAGGGAAACUUCAAAAGCAAAUUUGUCAAGUUGUUCUGGAUCAUUUUGAGAAGCAGUACACAGUGGAACUGGGAGAUAAGUGGACCGGUGUCAGAGAGGUGCUCACAUGCCCAUCGUGCUGGCAGUAUGCCAUCCUGCUUAACAAAUUCAGCCAGUCCACUGAACUGGAGAAUACGUUGCGUGUGGAGGGAUAUCAUCCUGCCUUUCAAGGAACUUUGCCUUAUCUUCCAAGAUCAUUGAAGUGUUACAUCAGUAGAACUCCUAGGAGAUUCCCUGCGCAAAAACACCAAACUGGUAAACUGAAAGAAUAUUAUCUGCUGAAUGCUGCUUCAGUGUUACCAGUGCUGGCAUUAGAGGUGAAAGAUGGGGAAGACGUUUUGGAUCUCUGUGCUGCACCAGGGGGUAAAUCAGUAGCUAUCCUACAGUGUGCCUAUCCAGGUCAACUUCACUGUAAUGAGUAUGAUGAUUUGAGAUCAAGAUGGUUGAAACAGACAAUGGAAUCCUUCAUCCCGGAUCCUUUGGUUAACUUAAUAACUGUCUCUAAACUAGACGGUAGACAGAUUGGAGAUUUUAAACCUGAAUUGUAUGACAAGGUACUGGUUGAUGCUCCUUGUUCGAAUGACAGAAGUUGGUUAUUCUCCUCUGAUACUCAGCAAGCUAUGCUUAGGCUGAUAAAAAGGAAAGAAUUAUCUUCUCUACAAUUCCAGCUGCUAAGGUCUGCUAUUAAAGCAUUGCGUCCUGGUGGAUCGUUGGUCUAUUCUACUUGCACUCUCUCGAAGGCAGAAAACAGCGAUGUAAUAAAUCUCAUUCUAAACUCCUGCGCUAAUGUAAUGCCUGUAGAUAUAAGUGAAAUGGCCAAAGCUCUUUCCCAGAAAUUCACUUUUCUCAGUGAUACACAACAGCAUGAACUUCUGGUUCUGCCGGAGAAAGGGAAAGCCUGGGGCCCUAUGUAUGUAGCUAAAUUAAAGAAAAUAUAGUUCAUGUGAUGCCUGUUAGUUUCAUUUAUAAGCGGAUAAAAUGAUAUUUAUUCCUAAUAUACUCUCUGUAUGUGAACACACGUCCAAGUCAACUGAAUUUAGAGCCUUGCAGUUUAGUAUAUGCUGCUCUCUAAUAAAAUGGAAGGUAGAAGUUUAACUUAGAUAGAAAUACAGAAAGUGUCUUUUAAUGUGGACUUGGGGGCUUCUAUGAAGUCCUUUUGAAGUCAAGGAAGCUUUGUGUUAUUUUCGAGGUGAUGCUCUGAAUGGGAUUUAUGUGCCAGAGCAGAAGCCUUUGUGGUGUUUUUUUUGCACUUUUAAAAAGAUUACUUCUAAUUUGUUGGUUUAAAUACAGCUUAUUUUAAAAUAAAUAUUUGGAGUGGUGCCUCCUUCUGAA